CCAGCCUUUUCGUGCUUGGGGUUUCCGCCUGGGUACCUACCCCCUUGAUCCGGAGCUACUCCCGAGUACGUGCCUCCGCCAUGGCGCUCUUUGCCCCACUGGCACCGCAGCAGCAGAGCAUGGAGUUCACCCCGGGCUUUGCUCUCCUGCAGCAAGUGGAGGAGUUGCAGGUGAAGGAGCGCGUGAGUUGGCUCCAAGAAGUCACCACCUUCCUGGGCGCGGAGAUCGAAACCCGGAACAGAUAUUCGGUCCAAGACCGGAUUGGCAAUCAGCUCUUCUAUGCCAUUGAGAGGACGGACUGCUGCCGCCGGCAGUUGCAGAGGACGUGCUUGCAUGAGUGUGCCAGUUGGGAAGUGGAUGUUUUACACACUCCUCCUGGACAGUAUAUGCAGAGCUUCUUGUCGAUGCGGCGGCCGAUGCAGUGUGUGUGCUGCUGCUUGUGCCGACCCACGGCAGAGGUCUUUGACGACCUGACGAAGCAGAAGAUCGGUUCAUUCCGGGACCCUUGGCGCUGCUGCAACUACAACUUCCAACUGCGCGAUGCCUACGACAGCGCGGUCUUGGAAGUCCAUGGCGGCUGCUGCCAGCCGGCGGUGUGGUGUUCCCUGCCGUGCGGCCCCUGUUCGGAGCUCCACUUCGACGUGUUGGAUGCACGCACAGGCCACCGAGUGGCCACCAUUCGGAAAGUGGUGCCGGGCAUCAUGACGUACUUCUUUGCCUCGGAUGUGGAUAACUACCACAUCCACUACGAACAGGUGCAGGAUCCUGCGUGGAAGGCGCUCCUGCUCUCCUUCACCAUUUACAUGGACUUCUUGUUCUUCAACGACCCGAACCCCAAGGCCGAGGAGGACGCCUUGGGUGUUGUGGAGGCCGUGGCUGCUGAGGAGAUGGGUUGUUUUGGCGGCAACAAUUGCUGCUGUUGCUGUUGCUGAUGCGGCACUGACAGGGUAGGGAACAGAGAUGACAAGGUCUCAAGCUUGCCCUCUGCCAUCGCCGAUGGAGGUAGAUCUUUC